GUAGUUAUGUGAGUAGUGAGCUGUGUUACGGUGCGAUGUUUGUCGCCUUGGGUAUCGGUUCGUGGGUCUACAGGCAAUGUGUUGGUAUGCAGUGUUUGUGUGGCUCUCUUCAAUUAUUUGCUGCAAGCUUCUUCAAAAAACGAUGGAAGCAGGAGAGAAAAUUUUGAAAGCCCAAGAAACACGCGUUCAGUUGUUUCAUGAGUUAAAAGAUGCAAUACAAGCGUUUCAGAAUCAAAAAAUUGGAUUGGAACAAAUGGGUAUAAUAACUCAGCUUGUAACGGAGGGGUUUAACGAAGCGUCUCGCGAUAUUCGUGACGCUCAGCAACAAACGAAUCAAGAAAUUAAAAACUUGGUUGAUGAAUUGCAAUCCUUGGAGAAACAGCGAUUGAUGGAUACUGUAAAGCUGUACCAGAUCCAACAAUUAGAGAACCAGGAGCGGGACUAUUCUUCCGAACGAGAAUCUUUACGACAGAGCUUGGACAAUUUAAGUCGCAAAAUUGAUGAGACAAUUCAGUCAAUUAAAGACGAGUUAUAGUGAUAGUGCCGUUCCAGUGAAAAGACACGUUUCUGCCUCUCGUAAAGACAAAUGAGUGUUUUCUAUUAUUCUCGUCAGAAGCCAAAGUUACCGAUAAGUUGACCGACACAAGACACCGGAACCUCGAAUUCGCCGUCAAAUUUUUACCGUUUUCGGUGAACUUUUUUCCGGUGGCCAGCGAAUUUUUCGGCGUUUAGAAU